UGUGUGCUGUUUUAUAGUGUAUAAUAUGGUUGAAAAAUAUAAAGUAGUCAGUGUUAGCUUGAUAUGUCCCCUGUUCAUUAAAACUAAGAAGAGAUGUUUGCGGAACGUCUCUUAAGACAACUUCAUGCUAGGUAGAUAAGCUUGCUAAUGGCAAGUUAGCAGUUAACAUUGUGUUGACGUUAACCUAUUUAGGUGCGUGUCAGAUGUGCUAUUAAUUUACAAAUGAUAAACCAAAGGCAUUACUCUUUACCACAGUCCACUGUUUUGUUUUCAGCUUCCUAACUCGCCGGUUUACCUGGUGUGCUAUUAGCUAACUAAUGCUAGUUAGCACUGGUAUCUUAGCUUGGCGUUACCUGGUCUCAUACAUCAUGUAAAAUGCCUCAAACACCAAACUCUGAUAAGGUUGCGACUUACUACGCACACAGUCGUCACGUGGAUUGAUAAAGCACCAAAUUAAAUGGUAGAAUGGUACUUAUGUUACCGUUGGUUCAUUAAUGGCUAGCCAUACAGGUAAAGAUGAUGGAUUUAAUAACACCCAGAUCCCAGGAAACAGUUGUUCACCUUGCACUGUGGGGGGAGAAGGGACCGCAGUCAAACGCACAUCCCAGCAUCUCACCCACGAAGAUGAAGACGAGCCUUCAGCAGACCCACCAGCACCAACCAAAGUCUCCAAAAUAGGCUUCAGCAUGAGCAGUCAAUUGGGGAAGAAAACAAACCCCAUAUCUAUUAAACUGGGAGCACCGAAGCCCAAAGAGACUGCACCAUCACUUCCUGCAAAAAAGCCGGGCCUAGCGUCUGUUUUUAACGAAGAUGAUGAUAGUGAACCUGAGGAGAUGCCUCCAGAAGCAAAGAUGAGGAUGAAGAACAUUGGGAGGGAAACGCCAACAUCUGCAGGACCUAAUUCCUUCAACAAGGGCAAACAGGGAUUUUCCGAUCAUCAAAAGCUUUGGGAAAGGAAGCUAAAGUCCCAAGCAGAAAACUUGUAAAUAACUACAGCAAAUUUUGUCACUACUAGCUAAUUUUGUAUAGGUUAACCAUGUUAAAUAUCAGUGAAGGCUCAGAUAAUUAGUCAUUAGAGUCCUAGUUUUUCCAACUUCUCUGUGGGUCUGUGAUGAUGAAUACUUUAAGCCUGCUAUGAUUGUGACUGAAUUUGUAUUUCCACUUUGAAAUACUGGUUGACCUCUGUGUAAAAGGUGUGAACUGGUGAUGAAAAGAAAUUCCCCAGUAUGACGGCUACAAUUUUAUUUGCUUUUUCAGGUUAAUGAAAAAAAAACAACCUCUCACCUUACACCCCACAUUUUCCUUUGCUCCUAUCCAAAGCUGGUGAGCAAGUGUGCUGCUUGCUUAAUUUCUGUGUAAAAAUGUAAAUAGGAGUGCCACAGUGUUUUAUUUUUAAAAUGCUACAAAUCAGAGUGUGAGACCCAUGCUGUCUUGAGUGUGAAGUACACUAGACAUAGGCACGAGUUUGUCAGUUUCAGAUCCUUGGUUUUCACCGGCUGUGCCACCUCAGACACCUCAGUGUUUUUGUUAUGCUUGCUUUCUUUUACCCAUUCAGGCUAAUUACUGUAGAAAUAUGUCUGAUUUCAUUUUUAUGUCCAAAACUAAUAUGUCUGUAGUUGACCUCUGUGUGAAACCCAGACUCAACGCGCCAUGAUGUGGAUACCAGGGUGUGGGUAACAGUGCUGUUGAUAUGUUAAUCAGGCCCAUUUUAAGUUGCACCUCACUGAUAUAGAUUGUGCUUUACAGUCUGGGGGAAAUCCAGCUUGAUGAGAAAUAUGAACUUUGAAUUUCUGUGGCUUGAGUGUUCUGUUAACGUCCCCUAAUAAAUUCAAUCAACAUUAUGCUGAAA